AUGUUGCUGCAAGAAGAAGACUCGGAGGCGUUCAAGCGCUGGGUGCUGCCCAAGCUCGAGACCAUAUCUGACGCAGAUGCCGAGGUCCUUGCAGACUACGUCCUUGCUCUCGUCACGGCAAAGGACACAGACGCCAACAUCAGGCGCAACUGCCUAGAGAGUCUUUCGGAUUUCCUGCAGCAUAACACGGCGGCCUUUGUCGAUGAAGUCAUCGACACUCUCAAGGACAGAGCCUAUGCCCCCCGCGCGAACGCAGACGCAUCGCCUCCGUCUCCCGCACCGAUCCCCUCCAUAGUCGGGCCCUCGACCUCCGAACACCUCGCCCACCCCUCGCACGCGUCCAACACCGCCCCCCUGCAUGCGCCCAGAGGCCCAGCCGCCUCUCGAGUCUCGCAUGGCAAACACCGCUUGCCCGACCGCCCAGCUGGAGCUUCUCCUGCCGCCAGCGCGCAACACGAGCGGCCGCGAAAGCGCAAGCAACACGAGCGGGACACGAGCCAGUCGCGAGAUGGCCUCGACCUGCAUUCGAGCCGCCAUACUGGCAACGACAGACCCGCCAAGCAGGCGACGCGCAGAGGGAAGAACGGUCGCGCUGGAGGACUGAACGCACAAGCGCCUGCGUUUGCGCCUAUGCCGAACAUGCCCCCAUUCAGCCCGGCCUUUGGACACGUUCCGCCCUUCGAUCCGGGCAACCCCAUGGCCUUCCUAGCCAUGGCCGCGGCGCUCGGCAUAAACCUGCCGGGCAUGCCUCCCAUGCCUGUGUUCAAUGCGCAAGGAGCCGACACAAGCAACGUCAGGUGCGCCGACUACGAUACAAAGGGCUUCUGCGCGGCUGGGACUGUCUGUCCGUACCAGCACGGGCUCGAGUACGACCCAGACCACCCUGCCCAGGGCGUCAACGGCGGGCACAGCAACCAAUACGGACAUGCACGCCGAGACAGAGGCCACAGCGGUCGCAGUCGUGCUGCAUUCUCGCUGCCUGGGCCAACACACGACCGCACCAACACUACAAUCGUCGUCGAGCAGAUCCCAGAAGACAACUUCAGCGAGGACCAUGUGCGACGCUUCUUCGGCAAGUUCGGCACCCUACUCGAUGUGCAGAUGCAAGCGUACAAACGUCUGGCCGUCGUCAAGUACGAAACACACGACGCCGCGAGGGCAGCCUACAACAGUCCAAAGGCCAUCUUCGACAACCGCUUUGUCAAAGUGUACUGGCACAGGUCUGACGCCGACCGAGACCCCUACAAUCGCAGUGCUUCCGGUGCAGACAGCGAGGAAGCCGGCUACGGAGACACGGAGACGUUGGACCCGGAGGAAAUCGAACGCCGCCAAGCCGAAGCACAACGAAUUUUUGAAGAGCGCCGGAGGAAAGCUGAGGAAGCAGAAGCAAAAGCAGAGGAAAUCGACCGCAAGCUGCAAGAAACCAACGCGGAAAUCCUUCGUGUACGUCGCGAACUCGCAAAAGCAUCUGGGAACGCGAACGGCGAGUUGGAGGAGGACUUCUCCCAGGAUCUGGCUACCUUGCAAGCAGAAGCAGAGAACCUGUUCGCGCAGCAAGACGCCGCGACGGAACCUUGGCGCGGCAGCAGUCGUGGCGGGACGUACAGAGGCUCGUACAGAGGCUCGUACAGAGGCCGUGGACAAGCAUUCGCACCGAGAGGGAGGGGCAGAGGCGCAUACCGUGGGCGCGGAGCUCAUGGUGCUGCAUUCGGCGGCGCCAGGAUGGGGGUGAAGAGACUCGACAACCGACCCCGGCGCAUUGCCGUCAAGGCUGUUGAGCCUGGGAGCAGGAAGGACGAGGCUCUGAGACAGCAUCUCUUCAACGUGCCCGACAUUGUCAGCACCGACCAGCAUCCAGAACAGCCCCACACCCUCAUACUCACCUUCGCGGAGCGGUACCAAGCUGACUCGUUCAUCGACACGGCGCACCAGAUCCCCGACGUCGGCAAGCUCGACAUGGAAUGGGUAUCCAACGACGCCCUCGGCGGCAUCAAGACCGCAGACGCAGACGCAGACGCAAACACAAACACAAACACAAACGCAGAGCCCGACGCGCUCAACAGCGACGCAGAGUCCGCCGCGACUGUCGACGGGCCUGACAAGCGCACUGUCGCUGCCGAGGACCCCGUAGGCGCGCCAGAUGCGGACAUGGAUGUUGCCGAGGACGAAGACCAGUGGCUCUGA